UGGGUCCCAAAUGCACCCGGUACAUUAUACACUGAGUGUACAAAACAUCAAGGACACCUUCCUGAUAUUGAGUUGCCCCCCUUCCUUUGCUCUCAGAACAGCUUCAAUUCGUCAGGGCAUGGACUCUACAAGGUGUUGAAAGGGUUCUACAGGGAUGCUGGCCCAUGUUGACUCUACAAGGUGUUGAAAGGGUUCCACAGGGAUGCUGGCCCAUGUUGACUCUACAAGGUGUUGAAAGCGUUCCACAGGGAUGCUGGCCCAUGUUGACUCUACAAGGUGUUGAAAGCGUUCCACAGGGAUGCUGGCCCAUGUUGACUCUACAAGGUGUUGAAAGCGUUCCACAGGGAUGCUGGCCCAUGUUGACUCUACAAGGUGUUGAAAGCGUUCCACAGGGAUGCUGGCCCAUGUUGACUCUACAAGGUGUUGAAAGCGUUCCACAGGGAUGCUGGCCCAUGUUGACUCUACAAGGUGUUGAAAGCGUUCCACAGGGAUGCUGGCCCAUGUUGACUCUACAAGGUGUUGAAAGCGUUCUACAGGGAUGCUGGCCCAUGUUGACUCUACAAGGUGUUGAAAGCGUUCCACAGGGAUGCUGGCCCAUGUUGACUCUACAAGGUGUCGAAAGUGUUCCACAGGGAUGCUGGCCCAUGUUGACUCUACAAGGUGUCGAAAGCAUUCCACAGGGAUGCUGGCCCAUGUUGACUCUACAAGGUGUUGAAAGCGUUCCACAGGGAUGCUGGCCCAUGUUGACUCUACAAGGUGUUGAAAGCGUUCCACAGGGAUGCUGGCCCAUGUUGACUCUACAAGGUGUUGAAAGUGUUCCACAGGGAUGCUGGCCCAUGUUGACUCUACAAGGUGUUGAAAGUGUUCCACAGGGAUGCUGGCCCAUGUUGACUCUACAAGGUGUUGAAAGUGUUCCACAGGGAUGCUGGCCCAUGUUGACUCUACAAGGUGUUGAAAGCGUUCCACAGGGAUGCUGGCCCAUGUUGACUCUACAAGGUGUUGAAAGUGUUCCACAGGGAUGCUGGCCCAUGUUGACUCUACAAGGUGUUGAAAGUGUUCCACAGGGAUGCUGGCCCAUGUUGACUCUACAAGGUGUUGAAAGCGUUCCACAGGGAUGCUGGCCCAUGUUGACUCUACAAGGUGUUGAAAGUGUUCCACAGGGAUGCUGGCCCAUGUUGACUCUACAAGGUGUUGAAAGCGUUCCACAGGGAUGCUGGCCCAUGUUGACUCUACAAGGUGUUGAAAGCGUUCCACAGGGAUGCUGGCCCAUGUUGACUCCAAUGCUUCCCACAGUUGUGUCCAGUUGGCUGGAUGUCCUUUGGGUGGUGGACAAUUCUUGAUACACACAGAAACAGUUGAGGGUGAAAAACCCAGCAGCGUUGCAGUUCUUGUCACAAACCGG